AUGACAAUAUGGUCUUGUGCGACCAUCCCUCCCACUGUGUUCUCACCGUCGUUCCAUGGCCACUCAGAUGCUGAAUGUGAAGGCAAAUAUGUUAUCCCAUUUAAUACAACUCUGUAUUUAUGUAAUUAUAUCUACUCCGUGAUAUAUGGUGGUGAAGCAGAUUAUGUCGAAUACACAAUUGAUAUAGAAAAUCAAACUAUUGUAAUAAAUUUAUAUUACGAUGACGAUUACAUUAACUUUUGCCUACCUAUGUUUAUAAAAUUUGAAACAUGUACAAAUGAGAAAUAUUUUACUUUGUGCCACGAGGAGAAUAUAAGUUUUGCAUUUUUCCAUUCCAAGCAGUGUCCACUGGCAUCAGUUCUGCAAUAUGAUUAUUGGGUAAUAGUUAUGGACAAUUUUAUGAUUGGAAAGACAGAAUGUGUUCGUCAAAUUUGCUAUGGAAUUUAUACAUUCUUUGAUGAUGAAAUUGCCGGGCUUGGUUUCCGCGUAACUAAUUUUCUUGAACUGAUAAAUGGCACUACAUGCAUCGAUGAAAACAACCGCUUACUGUUUUUCGAGAACGAAACAUCAUACAUCACGCAAAACGUGCACUGGCCUUGCUGCUAUCCUAUUUACACUGUGGCAUGGUUUGGUAACCCAGAAGAGCACGGGUUGAACAGAGCAUGGAGUUAUCUACCGCUGUCGUGUCAGGUAGGAGAGGUGGUGUUGAUGGUGAUGGUGGUGUGCGUGGCGGUGAGUGGUGUGACAGGCAACCUGAUGGUUGUGGUAGUGAUGGUGAGUGGGCCACAUCGGGGAGAAGAGUCCAACAUGCUCCGUACCUCCCUCGCCGUCUCAGACUUACUCGUGGCCCUCUUCGUCGUUGUUCCUUCCUUUUGUUACCAUGUGAAGCCUUUCUUCAACCCUAACUAUUACUUCGAUGGAGAUAAUUACGGUGUCCACUAUCUAGUAAACCAUACACUUUCCACCAUAAUAGUUAUUGAAGAGGGAUUCAUUCUCUUCCACGCUCUCCUGUUUAGUCAGUGCUCCAUUGUAUCAUUUUUGACACUUUUCCUGCUAAGUUUGGAGAGGCUGGUGAUAACCAGCAGGGCUAUCAGGUACAAUGAUUACUUCACAGGGAGGAGGGUGAAGGCGGCCAUUACACUCACCUGGGUCAUCGGCUUCCUGGAUACCCUUAUCUUCAGUUAUGAUAAGGACGGUACCUUUAUUGCAAAUUGGUCAUCUUACAAAAAACUUCCAUUAAUCUUGUCGUAUGCUUUUCCAGACAACGUUUUCUACAGAAUCUUGCAUUAUAGCCAGUUGUUCCUCUUUAGUGUCGUCAGCCUCUGUACUGUUGUUUUCUCGAUACUGGCCAUCGUAAACUUCCUGAAAGAACAGGCCAGAGAGGCCGCUGAAUGGCACAGUGUGAACAUGGGGUAUCAUGGACCGAGGAAAAAGGAAAAUCGUCGUUGUUUGGUAACACAGAUUCUCAUGACCGUAUGCUUCCUUAUCUCUGUCGUCCCUUUACACAUUGACAUGUACACCCUUGGUCUUGCGAUGGCUCCGCCCGACAUCUCACAUUACGAGUUACGUUCAUACAUAUGCUGGUGGCUAUUCGUGUGCGCCACAGCCUGGAACCCCUGGAUCUACAACGUUCGCGGCGAAAAGUUCAAGAAAGAUGCGAUUAUAGUUUUUAAAAAAUGUUUGCCCAGUGCGCUAGUUAUGAGACUUCUGCCAGAGGACCAUCAUUCCCAGCGUGAAAUGACGAGAUGUGAUGCUUACUCAACGGCGAGGAGGAGGAAAAUGUUGUUGACUCUACGGUUGGAAACACAAGACUAAAAACAGAUGGUGUUUCCCACCCUUUGGUUAAAUACUUUGCUAAGAUUAUGCUUUCUGCAAAUUCUUCUUCAUUGUUAUGUUCUGACAACGUUUCGCCUGGGUGUAUGUAUAAUGUUCGCCAAGGCCGUA